AUGCUUCAGUUUUUCCCGCCCCCUACGCCCGCUUAUCAAUAGCUCGAGCUCUGUCGCUCCAUCAUGCCCUCCCUGUCACUCGCAUUUAAUUUGAAAGUCUGGCCCGAUGCUAUCGUAUGUAGCAUGUAGUUUUUUCCCGUGCUUCCCGUGAACUACAUGUUUCACCAGCCCCUCAAAUCAUGAGUCAACCCCCCAAGUCCUCCCCCAACCCACCCAUUUAUGGCUAUGAAAUUCAGUUUUUGAUGGAGCAAACAACAGACUCCGGAAGGUUCUUUGUGCCAGUUCGAUUUGAAUUUUCGGUAGCUACUGCUGACACGACGGUGGAGCGGUGAAAAAAUAAAUAUAUUUAUAGGAAAUAUAUAUCCACAGAAGGAAGGGGCUGCUCAAUCUGGGAAAGUUGCCUGCUCUGACACCUUGACGUUUGGCAAAUUGAAAGUUUGAACCCCCCAUCCAUUCAACAUUCACCAACCCAUCAACCUGCCCGGAAUGCGCUCCUUGUGGCUUCUACUUCUAGUGGCUUUCGUUGGCUGUGGCCCAUGUGUUUCAGCUUUGCGUUGCUACAAAUGUGAAGACUGCGAUGAAAAUACGCAGCUAAGUGAAAUGGAAGUGUGUGAGGUUCCACUGAUGAGCGGCAAUGGACAGGGCACACCCGCCAACUCCAGCCCAACACCAAGUCCUGCUCCUUCUCCAUCACCUGCUGCAACGAAUAAUACAAAUAGUGCUCCUGGCCCCUCCUCAUCCAAUGCCAGCGAAGAGGAAGAGGACUAUGAAAGCGACGAAUCGGCGACCAUAGGCAUCAUGCCAGCAGGCGGAGGAGCAACUGGAGGUGCAGCUGGAGGUGCAGCUGGAGGUGCAGCUGGAGGAGCAGCUGGAGGAGCAACUGGAGGUGCAGCUGGAGGUGCCACUGGGGGAGCAGCUGGAGGAGCAUCAGCGGGGGAAGUGGUCAGCGAAGAGGAGGAGGAGGACGAAGAUGAGGAGGAGGAGGAGGAGCGACGCAGGCGGAGAUCGAGUGCACGACAGGUCGAUCUCGAUGUGCCAAUCCCCUUCUGCUACACAGUGACUCUCCAACUUAACGAAUCGACGAUCACCAAGAGGGGCUGCACCACCGCCAGGAAGAGCAAUCAGACGGAUGGAUGCGACGGGCUCUUCGAGAACUGGACUGUGGCCGGAUGCCAUAAGUGCCAGGACGAUGGAUGCAACCAACCGAUCGCCAUCGGAUCAGCCAGUGGAAACAAUGGCCCAUUCUGGACAUUGCUGGCGGUACUCACGCUAAUGGCAUUUAUGACCCGCCAUCCGAUAUGGUAGAGAAUCAGCAGACACAGUGUGGGGCCAAUCGAUAUGAUAUAUAGAAAUACAAGAUAUAUGGCCGCCACAACUUCGAUUUCGACUUUGGUGUCUGAGUUCAUUGUUUUUUGGGUAGCGUUUGCCGAUUUAGAGGCGGGCACAUGAUGUGUCUAUUUAUACCGCGCUUACCACUCGAAUCGUCGAUGGUCUGGGGGCCAUGAGCACACCUGAGCUAUUUUCGCAUAAUUGUUUAAUUGGCAUCGAUAAGGAAGGCAUUGUCCCUUUUUUAAAAUUUUACCAGCUGGGGAAAGUGCUCGCUCAUUGAGUUCAUUCAAGUUGCAGGCGUAUCGCAAUCAAAUCAAUUAGUCGCUGGCGAUAAGAGCGAUGACGAGGUAUACGGUAUUCGGUAUGAGUCGUGUGCUCCAUGAUUUCCAUGACUUCAUGCGACCCGAAAAAGUCUGAUAAUACUAUUUGAUACAACGAUCAACUGGGCAACUGGCCAAAGCGUUUAGGCCGUCCGAUAAGCGUUAGGAAGUCGAGUGGCAAUUGCUGCCUAAAGCUUUUACCAGAUUUAUGGUAUUAUUAUUUCGCGGCCCGGAAUUAAGUAAAGUUCUUAAUAAAGCGAUGAGGAAACGCGACCGGCAAACGGGCAGCAGCACUUUAAGGAAACUUGCUCUAAACGGCUAAAAUGCAACUGCCAAAUUUGUUAGCCUGAUGCGGACAAUAUGUGAUAUAUGUAUAUAUAUAAACAUAUAUAUAACUUCUCGAUUUGUGGGCUCGCAUUUGGGGGGAUUUUAAAACACUUCCCCGUUUUAUUUUCGUCGGCUUCCGGGACGGUAAAGUACCUUGUGUAUGACGAGCAUGCCCAAAAGUCAUUCAAAAAGCCCGGCUUUCAAGCGAUUCUCGAAGAGAAUUCACACAGAGAAUCUUUAAGAGAAUGAGUAUCAAUAUCGCAUUUAGCGCUCUACGUGAUGUCGUCGACACUUUGAAAGAUAUAUAACUGCAACUUUUCCCAUCGACUUUUUGUGCCCGGGGAAGUUAUGGUUUUUAUCUCCCGUCUGCGCUUUUCAGACAAUGCGUCAGUUAAACCAGCCGGCGGCACUAACCAGAUUCACUCGACAUUUGGCACGAACUGCGGCCGGUAAAUGAUGAGUUAUUUGCAUUUGGCCAAGACACACGAUCUACGAAAUGCAAGCGUUAAGCUUCAGGGCCGUUAUUUAUUUAAAAAUAUAAUAAAUAAUGAAUAAAUUAUGUUUGUAUAUAGAUAAGUUUAAAUGUGCAACAUGAGUGACUUAAGCAAAUUAGAAUGUGAAAUGGAAACAUUGAUACCGAAUGUUUACAAUACACAUUCCUCUAUUAUCGAAGCCUUAAUUUUAAAAAUAAAUAGAAAACAAAAGCAGAACAACAAACCCACCCAAAAACAAACUCCACACCUUACAAAAGUUCGGCUUAUCAGUUGACCUUGCCCCCAGUCUUCGCGCUUCUUUUUUUCUGGGUCAACAGGCGAAUUGAAUUAAAAUGCGAGCCAAAGCGACCUUGGGGCUUACUCGACUGGAAAAUUUCGUUAAGCUAUUGCGAAUCGAAGGUUCUAAGCCAGCAAAAAUAGCGCAGGUGCCAAUGGAGUGAGCCAAUAGGAGCCACAAAGAAAUCUCUGUUAAUUGCUCGGCUCUUUCUGAUUCGAAACUGUUUGCUUUUCGUGCUCCGAUAUUGAAUAAUAAUCAUGGGACAACCAUCCAAAAGUGACGAAUAUUAUGUAAAUGCGCGAGUGAUAUUAAGUUAAAUGUUGGGAUUAACGAUUACACACGCUGACUAACAAUUAGCUGCUUAAUUAACGAGGAAAAAAUGUCUGGGGCUCUGAAAUAAAGUGCAAUAAAAAGGGUGUGAGGAAUCGUACUGAAAAGUCAAAUGAAUUCCCAGUUCUGAAUCAUUUGCAUUUGCAUCUUUUAUCCCGGAAGAACCCAGUUUCAGGCAUUACCUAUUUAAGAGAACCAGCACUCGAGUGGAGUUAAGAGCAUUGGCGGCUGGCUCUCUUGGCGAUCAAUUAAUUUGGUGCUCGUUUGGUAUGCAUUAUAAAUUAAUUUGUUAUCAAUAAAGAAAACCGGUAAACUCGCUCUUCAUCUGUCGCCCCCUCUCGCUCUGUCGGCCACGUGCCGUCCCGCUCUGACAGCCGCUCUCUUACGCAUCGAAGCCACUGACGUCGCAGUAGCAGCGCAGUCCGCUUAUAAAACUCUAUAAAAAGUCUCAAACAAAUCACAAGAUUUUCAGUUAAAUUUCAGAAUUCGCAAACUGCGGUCGCCUUGAUAAGAAAAAUAAAAUAAAUUUCAAUAAACGAGAAGCGCGAAAAUCCAAACGCAAACGGCCCAAUUAAACUAG